AUGGAGCAGACGGAGACGACAGGACGAAGCGUGCCCUCGUCGGCGGUGGCUGCACAUAUGCAGGCCGCACAGGAGAGGGCGCGGGUGCACCCGGCCUGGCAAGCGCUCAACUUCGAGAAAUGGAUCAAGUGCGUGAUUUUGGGCGAUGUCCUCGACGAGGGCGAUGAAGUGCUCGAAAUCUCUUGCGGGCACACAGGGGCCGAGGACAGCAACACCGGCGGCGCAGGUGGCGGCACGCACCACACCUACGCACGGCACAAGAUCCAACAUCUCACUACUGUCGACUCGUCGGCCACCGUGGUAGCCGCGGCACAGCGCAAGUGGGAGAAGACGAAGCGGUUCGACGCCGAGUUUGCGACUGCCGACCUCUACACGAUAUCGCUCGAUCAGGUGCUCAGGGAGGGGAGAAGCUUCGACGUGGUGGUGUGCUUUGAUGGGAUGCAGAACAGCUUCGCCUCGGAGGAGACGGCCGAGAUGUUCCUCCGCAGCGCCACCUGCCGCCUGCGCGAGGGCGGGUACUUCCUCGGCUUCCUCCCCGACUCCUCCGCCAUCUGGAGCAAGGCGGCCAAGGUGAACUCGAAAGGUGACGAGGCGCCCAAGUUUGGCGGAGACCUCUACAAGAUCGAGUUCAACGACGACCUCAGCCGAUUCCAACCCUUUGGAACGUCGUACACGCACAGGAUGCGCGAGAUGGAGGAUCGGAAGCAGUACCUGGUCCACUUCCCCACGCUGCUCCAGCUGGCCAGGAAGCUGCAGCUGGAGAUGGUGGAGGUGGUCAACUUCAUCGACUUUUACGAGGACCACAAGAAGAGCCACGAGGCCGCGCUCACCGAGAUCAUGGGCUGGACCAAGACCAACAAGAAGCUCUUCCCCAACCAGCUCGAGCUCAUCGGUCUGCGUACAACGUUCGUCUUCCGAAAACUGCGGUCUGGGGAGUCCAUGCCAUGA